AUGGUGAAUAAGAACCAAGAUGCUGACAAAGUCAUACAUCAGAUUCAAUGUAAUGAUAUGGCGGAAGAUAAUAACCUGGCAGCCAUGGUCGAAAGAAUCAUGAUGCGAAAUGGGGUGAAUGUUGGCCUUCAUAGGCCAAAUUACACAUCACCAUUGUUUGAAUAUAUUCUGCAAUCAGAAUUACCCCGUAGGUGGAAAGUCCCCAAGUUUACUAAGUUUUUUGGAGACACUAAUGAGUCCAAUGUCAAACAUGUGGCAAGGUACCUAAUUGAAGCAGGGGAAAUUGCUAAUAACGAGAACCUAAGGAUAAGAUACUUCCUAAGUUCCCUUACGAAGAAUGCCUUUACGUGGUUCACCAUGUUUCCAUUGAAUUUAAUCCAUGAUUGGUAUCGACUGGAAAGAUUGUUCCAUGAACAAUUCUACAUGGGACAGUCGAAGAACAGUUUGAAGGAAUUGGUCAAUGUUAAACGAAAAUCCUCUGAGCCAAUAGAUGAUUAUUUGAAUAGAUUCUGUUUGCUUAAGGCCAUCUGUUUUACACAAGUGUCUGAGCAUGAAUUGGUCGAAAUGGCUGUUGGUUGCCUUGAUUAUUCCAUUAUGAAGAAACUGGAUACCCAAUAUCUAAGGGACAUGGCCCAAUUGGCUGACAGAGUUCGACAGGGAGAACGCCUGAAGGCUGAAAAAGAUAUGGCAAAUAAGAAUAACUGA